AGCCCAGCACUCACUCCAGCAUCCCAUCCCAACCACACCACCACACACCAUGCCUCCCCGGCUUCAAUUGCUGCCCUUCCAAUGGCAGCGGCCCUUCGCCGCCGCCACCACCACCACCAACACCACGACAGUCCUCUCCUCCUUCCUCCAGAGCCGCAAUGCUCACAUCCUAGCCUCUCUGUCCGACACCCCCGGCGCCUACAACAAACGCAUCAGAAGAGGUCGCGGUCCUGCCUCCGGAAAAGGUAAAACCUCGGGUAGAGGUCACAAGGGUCAGAAACAGCAUGGAAAGGUCCCCGCGCGGUUUAAUGGUGGUCAGACGCCGGAGAUUAUCGUGCAUGGUGAGAGGGGAGGCGUGAAUAUUCACGCCAUCGACCUCGCCCCCAUCAACCUCGACCGAAUCCAAUCCUGGAUCGACCAAGGCCGGAUCGACCCAACCCGUCCCAUUACGGUCCGCGAACUGGCUCAAUCGCGCUGCAUCCACCAAACCAAAGAAGGAGUGAAGCUUCUCGGCCGUGGCGUGGAAAAAGACGACCACGAGGUGCCUGUUUCCAGUGUGUUGAAGCAGCCCAUCCACUUGGUUGUUUCCCGUGCGUCCGGACCGGCUAUCGCGGCUGUUGAGGCGGCGGGUGGGUCAGUGACCACGCGGUUUUAUACCAAGUCUGCGAUUGCGAGGAUCAUGAAGCGCGAGAUGCAUCCGUUUGUGUCGAUGGCUUGGACGAAGGAGAGUGCGAGUGAGGGGUUGUUGGGUGUUGCUGAGGGGGCUGUGGAAGGGGGGGCUUUGACGGAGUCGAAGGUCAUGCAGGAGAUGGGAUUCAAGUAUAGAUUGCCGGAUCCGACUAAGAGACGCGAUAUUGAGUAUUAUCGUGACCCGGCGCAUCGGGGGUACUUGAGUCAUUUGUUGAAGCCGAUGGAGGGACCUAGUUUGUUCUUCCGGUCGCCGGUGGAGAGGAAGUCGGCUGCGGGUGUUAGGAAGGAGAAGGUUCUGCCGGAGAAUAGACUCUGGUAGUAAUCUGUGUAGAGUAUUUGGGUUUGAUUGGGGGUUGUAUUUAUUUGUUUGAGUGCUUUUUAUUACUUGUAUAAAUAUGCUUGUAUGUUAUGUUAUGCUCGUGGAUAUGUUUAUUUAG